AAUGCAAGCUCCUACCGCCUCGCAGUCAGGGGGGCCAUUGCGCUUUCACUGCAUUUUUUUGCGCCCUGUUCGCUGUACGUGGACGCUGGCAGGCCACAACAUAGCGCACCGUAAAAGCCUUUUCUGGCGCUGGACAGACAGGCCCAAAACGCCCUGCACGCUUUUUCUCCGAGUCACGUCACCCCCCCUCCUAGCCUAAACUCCUUCGUACAUACCAGUUCUGUUCGCUCGUUUCCUUUCUUCUUUGACAUCCUCCCCCCUUCUUAUUGCCCCUAUAUUUGUUUGAUUUUGUUGGGCAUCACGACUCUAGCAUACAGGGAAACCAAUAAUAUUCACUUUCCCUCGGCCAAUCUCCAUCCCCGGCGGAUAUCACCAACCGACAAACGCAUCGGAAGACCUACCGCUGGUCUGCGCCACCGACUUCAAUCCUCUCUGUCGUUUUCCCGCCUUGACUUUGGCGACGGCGGAGAGGCAGACGAGACGCCAUGCAGCGCGUCUCGGGGUUUCUACCCUCAUGGGAGAGGCGGCCUUCAGCUUCCAAGGCCAGCGCUCAACCGCCAGCAAAUAGCUUCACCAACAGGAUCAGCAGCAACGGCGGCCUUGCCAGUGCCUUCUUUGGAUGGGGAGCCCGAGCUCCAAGUGUACCCAACGAUUCCAAUACUCUUUCUGUCAAGAAGCUGGCACAUAUAAAUGUGGCAGCCGCUAACUCUGGCCGUGUCCAGCGUGAGGCGUUUUGGCCAGCGACACUCGAUCAAGAAUGUGAGAAGGCGGCGCGCAUUUUGAAGUCGUUUUGUGUCGAUGGAUAUCUAGCCCAACCAAACAGCGAUUCCCCAACGGCAGACUCGGCAAGUGAAAAGUCUGCCAUCGUGCAAGCCAUUCAAACUGUACCGAAAUACAUCAUUCAGAAUGCCGCUGGUAUUGCUGUUUUUACCUGCAUGCGCAAUGGCCUCUGGAUGACAGGAUCCGGUGGCUCCGGAAUUCUUAUUGCUCGAAAGUCAGAUGGCACCUGGUCACCACCGUCUGGCAUCAUGUUACACACGCCAACGCUAAGCUUCAUUAUGGGUGUGGAUGUGUACGAUUGUGUCCUCGUUGUGACUGAUUUGAUCGCCCUAGAGCUUCUCACGAGACCCUCAGUGACUCUUGGUGAGGAUAUUACACUUCUUGACGGACCUUCGAUACCCUUGUCUGCGGAUGAGGUUCGAUCCAGCUGGAAAGACACAAGCGGCAAAGUGAUGAUGUAUAUGAAAUCGCGCGGCCAGCAACAAACUGUUAACCUCAAUGGAUGCAUUCUGACGGAAAGAGCAAACGAAAACGAGCGCUUCUACGGCUCCGCUGUUUCUCAGAUGGAGAUUCUCUCGGGCAGCGUGGCUCGUCACGUCGAAGAAACAAAGCCUCUCUUUGAGGUUAUCAAAAUGGCGGAGGGGCGGAAAGAUUUUGACCAGGCUGUUAUCGACAAAACUGCAAUCCAACCAGCGCCUGGUGACGCAGUCAUUGCUACGCCGAGCGCCACGCCAGUCUCAUCACGAGCCACGUCGUUUGGAAUACCGAAGGUCGACGACCCAGAUCCAUUUGGAUUACUGGCACUCGAGAUGGCUGGUAUGGAAAUCCGCGAAGCUGGAGCAGCCGUUCGCCCUGCAAGCAACCAGUUUGAUUUUGGAUUUGGGCCUCUCAGCCCUGGCCAAUCUAAAUUCCCCCGCCAAAGCAUGGAUACUUCACUAUCGCGAAGCAACAGAGCUAGUCACAUGUCUGCGCGUACAGUGAAAAGCCAGGCUACUGAUGUCGCAACUCAGACUGAGACCGCCAACUCUCCCUUGUCAAGCCCAACAUCUCGUCGCAGUGGAGAUGACAUUCGCUCAAACACUAGCGCAGACUCGAUUGAUGAGACAUCCGAAGUCGACUACACAGCUGUGGAUACCUCUGCAUUGCAGCAUCUCAGCCAAGAAUACGGGCUAGUGCCGCCACCAGCAAUAAUCGAAGAAGAGGAAGAACAAACGCUACCUGCUCCUGAAACUACCGCAGACGUAGAGAGCAGUACUGAUAUGGGGGCCAACAAUACCGUGGACCUUACCCAAAUGAUAACUGACCAUAUUGAUGAUAUUAACGACAAUACCGCCAACGAUAAUGAUGAAAGUGGUGAUGGCGAGAGCCUGCCAUCUCAAGAACAUGAAGAAAUUAAAGACGAUGAAGAGAAGGAAACACAAGACGUCGAGGAGGAGGAUUUCGAAGAAGAUGACGACGAGGAAGAGCCCGUCGUUUUUGAAGUCGCCGCCAUCCAGCCUGCUCGAACGCAAGCUGUGGCCUCCAGGGUUAUUCAUGCUAGAGGAAAUGUGGUCACCAUUGCCAAGCGCGGCCCUCCACCACCCGUUCCUCGUCGCAGCCCGGCGAGAUCAUCAGGCGCGUUUGCCAAUGAUGUACCAGCGGAACUCAAGCUUCUGAGCAGCCCCCUGCGUGAGACCUUUAGUGAAGCUGAUCUUCGCGCUGAAGGCGUGGACGAUGCGGACUCCUCUCCUAGUUCACCAAAGCCUGUCAAACAGACUGCACACCUUGUCAAAAGUGGUAGCCUUCCCGAUGGCUUAGACAAGGUUGAGCAGACUUUCGCCGAACCACCUGCGAAGGCCCCGGCCAAACGAAGUGCUAUCGCUGAACGCAUUGCUAAAUUUGAAGCAGAUGCCGCCAAACAGGCCACCAAGAACGAGGUUGUGGAAGCUCCAACUCCCACUGUCACCGAAGCAGAGGUGGACCAGCCCACUGAGUCUAAGAGCAUCACAACGGAAAGCGUUCCAUCGGCCCCAGCUUCACCGACACAAGCCACACCGGUGAUUACUACUGAGGAAGCUGAGAGCAAGCCAGUGAUGGAAGAAGCCGAAGCAGCUUCCGACAUUACGCUCAAAGUAUCCGACGCUACCGAAACCUCAGAAAGCCUGGCCGAACCAGUAGUAGCUAUCCCAGCACGCAGCGCAGCGCGUCUGUCAGUUAACGCAAAGCCAACAGUCGACGAGGUUCAUGCCGUUGAGCAACAGCACGAGGAUAAGACUGCCCCUGCCUCAACCGUAAUCUCUGAGCCGGUUGUGGAUGAGGAUGGGCUUCUAAAGGCUUUGCAGGAGACUUCUGAUCUUUUCGAUUUGGAUGAUGUGACUGGUUCCUCGGUGAAUGAUUCAGAGGACGAGGACAAAGAUGAAGAUGUUGUCGAGCCGGCGCUUUCUCUUGCCAACACUGACGAGGCAGAUGAGACGAAGGAUGAGGACGAAAGCCAGCCAAGCACACCUCAGAACGAGUCAGCUGAGCUCUCUGACACCGCUUCGCACACCAAACACACCUCCUCCAUCUUUACGGGUGCCAGAGAGGACCGAUGGAGCUAUAAUGGCUCAUCCAUGACAACCCCAACAUCCGAUCGCCCUGCCUCGGUAGCCAGCGACGUGGCCGAUGAAGGAACGCCGAAGAAGGCGUUGUUAUUAGAGCGACAUAGUACACACGACACGCUAGAAAGAACAAAGACUGUUAGCGACUCGGGAGAGAGCACACCGACAGCUCUUGGAAUUGCCUAAUUCAGCACCACACACGAAGGCGAAGCAACAUGUACAGCAAUUGGAGACACCGGUAAUCAUAUGUUUGAAACUGGCAUUAAGAAGAUCUGUUAAUCUUUUUUGACUGCCUCUCAGGGCAUUUACAUAUCAUUGACUUGCAUCUGUACCAUAUGCAUCAAAUAUGUUUAUUUUCCCACGAAAUGAUUUUAUUCUUUAUUCUUAUUCCUUUCUAUUACAUACGAUAUCCAUGGCAGCACAAAGAUCUAGGGACGGCGUUUAUAUCACCGAUCUGGGAUGGGUCGCAUUUAGCACAGCUAAUAGAUAGAAAUUUCAAUUCAAUUAAAGGACGAAUUUUCACGAAAA